AUGAAUAAUAAACGAACAGAAAAUGAUAUCAAACAACAAAAAAUUAUGACACGUAUUUAUUUAAUUUUAUUAACAGUUUCAUUUCUAAUUUUAAUAUUAUUAACAUCACUUGAGAGUGAAACAACAUUAAUAAAUGAAUCAAAUCCAUCAUUAAUAACUUAUAAUAAUUUACAAAAAUCUUAUCUAAGCUCACUUCAGUGUCCUUGUUCGAAAACAAUAAUAUCUUAUAAAAAAUUUCUCUCAUUGUCGCCAAUAUUUCAUGAUAUAUGCUCAAGUUAUUUGAUUGAAAAUGAAUGGGUUGAUAUUAUGCGAUCACUUUCAUUUACAUGGAAAUCUAAAGAUUGGCGUAGAAAACUUUAUUCAUACUUUCAAUUAUUAUCGAAUCUUUGUCAAUUAUCAAGAAAGACAACUGAUGAAUCUAUUCAACGUUUUCUUUCUCAAUCUUUUGUUCUAUCAAAUAUAAUUAAUGAAAAUGAUUUUAAUAAACAAUUUGAUACGAUUCUUGAUCAAUUUUGUCAAUCAACAAUAAUUUAUUUUAAUCUUAUUAUUGAUGCAAUUCAACUUCUUAUACAAGUUGAUCAACCAUAUACUGAAUCAGCAGAACAUUCUGUUGAAAAUGAUUUUCUGACAAAUUUACAUAUUAAUAUAAUGAAACCAAAUAACAAAACAGUCUUUCAGGUGAAAUUUAUUUUAAAUGAAAUUAAUGAUUUUAAUUCAACAUUUAUCAAAUGUAUUUGUGCUAUCAAUCCAUACUGUAAGAGUUUAAAUAUGAUUAAUAUAUCUGAAUUAAUCAUAGGUGAAAAUAAUCCAUAUAAUGAUAUUUAUUUAUCGUCAGGCUUAGUUUCAGCUUGUUCUACAAUGGAUUCUAUUUUGUAUUCAACAUUUGAAUGCUUUUAUUCGAAGUCUAAUUGUUUAAAAUUUUUUUUAAAGUAUGCGUUACAACAAAUUCCUAUUGAGUAUCAUUCUAUAUGGGAAUCAAAAAUUCAUCCUUUUAUUUAUGAUUCAUCAUCAAAUCGUUUUUCUCCAAAUAUUUCAAUAGGAAUUAUUAUUAAAAAUUUAAUGAUUGAAAAUUGGAAUGCAACUCUAUUUUAUACGCAUUUUUAUCAAUCAUGUGCACCAAAUUAUUGUACUUAUCUAGAAAAACGUCGUGUUAAAACAUUUAUCGAAGUAUUAAUAACAUUCGUAUCUAUGAUUGGGGGCUUAACUGCUUCUUUACAUUUAAUUACACCUUAUCUUUUGAACAUUAUAUUGAAUUUACUUCAAUGGAUAAAACAAAAACAACAGCAAUCACAGAGGGUUCAUCCAAAAUAUUCCGAUCGAUUAAAAUUCUUGAUUCGGAAUUUGAACACACUCUUCCAUAGUACUAUAAUAAAUUUAAAUAUAUUUCGUCGACGAGAUUUCAGUAGUAAUCUUGACCAAAUUAGAGCAAAAUAUCUUGGUCAAUGGGCAACUCGUCUUUAUAUUGUUUUGUUGGUUAUUGGUAUUACUAUCGUUAUUCUUUUUACUAUAACCCAACCUCGAACAAUAACAGAAACUUUUGAUAAACCAUCAAUUGAUGAAUAUAAUCAUCUAUUAACGAUUUAUGGAAAUAAACUCGAAUGUUCCUGUUCAUUUAUUUCAUCUUCAUAUAAUAAAUUUGUUAAAAUUGAACCAAAAUUUCAUGAGAUUUGUUUAAGUACAUUUAUAUCUGAUCAAUGGCGAAUUAAUAUGACAUUAGCUCUUGUUAAAAAUUUCUCAAUUUAUGAACAAAAUGAUUAUCGUCGUUUUCUUUCUGCUCAUUUACAAUUGCUUCAAGGUUUAUGUCAUCUUUCUAUAAAAUUAGUCAAUAAUUCAAUCAAUCAAACGCUUCAUUCCUUAUUUACUACUUUACAACUUCUUUCAAACAAAAAUUUUCAAACUCGUAUUAGUUCAUUAAUUGAACGCAGUAAAUCAGAUGCUGUGAAAAUCUUUUCUGAUCUUUUCUUCUUAAUCCGAAGUAUUAAUCAUGGAAAUAAUAUUAUGUCAACAUAUGGAACUAAUUUUCAAUAUAUAAUACCUUGGACAAGUUUUCAAGGAUCUUAUAUACCUACUCAAGCAUUAUUCUAUGAUAAUCAAUGUUCUUGUUCUUCACAACCAAAUUGUAGCACUCAAGCAAAUUUUUUUAUAGAAAAUUCGAAUAAAAAUAUUUCUAUCAAAGGUUUAAAAAUUGGUUGUACACCAAGUGAAUCAUUUCUUUCUUCGAGUCUUGAAUGUUUUUAUGAUUUAUCAUGUAUUUAUCUUCUUCAUCAAUAUACUAAUUCAACAUAUUCUUCUAUUUAUUUAUCUGCUAAAAUGAAACGAUCAUCAAUCAAUACGACAAUAAAUGAACUUACUGAUAAUUUAUUUGUGGAUGAAUGGAUAACUAAAAUGAAUUAUAUAUCUUAUUUCAAACAAUGUUCACCUUCAUUAUGUUCGUAUACUUAUAUUCAACAGUUUCAUCUAUUAUAUACAAUAAAUUUUUUAUUUGCUUUUCAAGGUGGUCUUACAAUUAUUCUAAAAUGGAUAUGUCCUCUAUUAGUUGCAAUUAUUGAUAAAAUACAUCAAUAUCAAACUAGACGAACAAAUAUUAUUCAACCUAUUCAAUCGUCUCAAGAAAUCUCAUCUGUUGAAACUAUUCAAUGA